AUGAGCUCCUCGGAAGAUGACACCCCACUUGUCAAAAUGAACGGCAGAUCUUCUGGUCGUCAAUCUAAUGCGAAAGUGAACGGCGCAACUGACACCAAUGGUCAUGUCGAACCUGGCAUCUCCAUCAGAUUUGGACCGGUGCAGAAAGAUGGAGACGUUGAGAUGAAUGAUUCGAACGAUGUCGCCAGUGCUAGCAAGAGAAAGGCGCGAACCAGUGUUGGUCAAGCAAAGUCGUACGCGGAACCCGAAAGUAGCGAGGAGGACGAGCCUUUGAGCAAGCGUCGACGCACUUCAGUGAAACACGAGGAUCCAGAGACGGAUGACGAUGUACCACUCGCACUCAAUGGAAAGAAACUUCCCAAGGCUUCCGAGACGGCCAUUGGCGAGGAGUCCGACUCCGAUGUUCCAAUCGAGAGGAAAUUGGCCGCCGAAAAGAAGAAGAUUCAGGUCAAGGCAGAAAAAGACGCGGAACCUGCCCGAAAGUCUGCCAAGCCAGCAUCUUCUGCUAAGAAGCAAGCGAAUGGAGUGAAAAAGGAACCCACUUCCGCCAAACAGACCCUGAAGCAGGUCAAGGCCGAGCCAAAGUCAGCGCAGUCUACCGCGGCAAAGAAGAACGGGAAGGCUACGGCGGUGAAAAAGGAGGAAAGCGAAGAGGCCGAGGAGGCCGAGGAGGAGGAAUACAGGUGGUGGGAGGACCCCACCAAGGGCGAUGGAACAAUCAAAUGGACAACCCUCGAACACAACGGCGUUGUUUUUCCUCCGCCAUACGAGCCACUCCCAAAAAACGUCAAGAUGAAAUAUGACGGCAUCCCCGUCGACCUUCAUCCGGAUGCAGAAGAAGUUGCCGGGUUCUUCGGUAGCAUGUUAAAUUCGACGCAACACGUGGAAAACCCCACGUUCCAGAAGAACUUUUUCGCGGACUUCAAAGAUAUUCUCAAGAAGACCGGCGGCGCAAAAGAUCAGAAAGGGAACAAAGUCGAUAUCAAGGAAUUCUCCAAGUGUGACUUCCAACCCAUCUUCCAGUACUAUGACACGCAACGUCAGGAGAAAAGGGCGCAACCACCGGCCGAGAAGAAACGUCUAAAGGCCGAAAAGGAUGAACAGGAGGCCCCCUACAUGUACUGCAUGUGGGAUGGUCGCAAGCAGAAAGUCGGCAAUUUCCGAGUUGAACCCCCUUCGCUUUUCCGAGGCCGCGGUGAGCACCCCAAGACGGGUCACGUAAAAUUGCGAGUGCAGCCCGAACAAAUUACCAUCAACAUUGGCAAGGAAGCACGCGUUCCUCCUCCGCCAGAAGGCCACACAUGGAAGGAGGUGAAGCAUGACCAAGAAGGUACAUGGCUUGCCAUGUGGCAGGAAAACAUCAAUGGCAAUUACAAAUACGUCAUGCUCGCCGCUAACUCCGAUGUCAAGGGCCAAAGUGAUUACAAGAAGUUCGAGAAGGCUCGUGAACUCAAGAAACACAUCACUCGAAUUCGCAAGGAUUACCAGAAGAACCUGAAGCAUGAGUUGAUGGUAGAGCGACAAAAGGCAACUGCUGUUUACCUCAUCGACCAGUUUGCUCUUCGUGCUGGUAACGAGAAGGGCGAAGAUGAGGCCGAAACGGUUGGAUGUUGCUCAUUGAAAUAUGAAAAUGUCACGCUCAAGCCUCCGAACAAGGUGAUUUUCGAUUUUCUUGGUAAAGACAGUAUCCGAUUCUACGACGAGGUCGAGGUGGAUGCUCAGGUGUUCAAGAACCUGAAAAUCUUCAAGAAGGCUCCCAAGAAGGAGGGCGACGAGAUCUUUGAUCGGCUGACGACAUCCGCCCUUAACAAACAUCUCUCCCAGUACAUGCAAGGUCUAACCGCGAAGGUUUUCCGUACCUACAAUGCUUCUCACACAAUGUCGGAACUGCUCAAGGAAAUGCAUGCUACCGGUACCAAUGCAGAAAAGGUUAAGGCCUACAAUGAUGCGAAUCGAAGGGUUGCUAUUUUGUGUAACCACAAGCGCACAGUGGGGGCAGCGCACGCCAACCAAAUGGAGAAGAUGAGCGAACGAAUCAAGGGACAGCGGUAUCAGAAAUGGCGUCUUAAGCAGAUGAUGCUUGAUCUGGAUUCGUCCUUGAAGAAAAAGAAGGGUCCUCAAUUUUUUGAAUUGGACGAAGACAUUGACAAGGAGUGGAUUAAGGAACACCAGGCUUUCCUGAUCGAAGAGCAGACGCAAAAGAUCAAGAAGAAGUUUGAAAAGGAUAACGAAAAGCUUGCAGCAGAGGGUGAGAAGGAGAUGAAGGCGAGUGAACUCGAAACCCGCCUGGAGGCUGUCAAGGAAUUGGAGAAGAAAUACAACAAGGAGAACAAGACUGGCAAAGUGGAAGCUGAAGGCCGAGGCCCAACCGUGGAGAAGCUUGAAGCUUCCAUCACCAAACUCCAGCAGCGCAUCGAAAACAUGGAGCUGCAGGCUCAAGACAAGGAAGACAAUAAGGAAGUGGCUCUUGGUACCUCGAAGAUUAACUACAUUGAUCCUCGACUCACGGUCGUCUUCAGCAAGAAGUUCGACGUACCGAUAGAGAAGUUUUUCUCGAAGUCCCUGCGCGAGAAGUUCGAAUGGGCUAUCAAGUCCGUCGACGAGAACUGGGAGUUUUGA